AUGAGGGCCCUGCACCGCCGCUGCCGCCUCCUCGCCUCCGCCCUCCUGCUGCUGCUGCUCCUGCCGGGGUUCAGGGGGCCCGUGGCGGUGCUGCUGUUGGCGGCCGAGGCCGCUCCGGAGCCCGGGCCUCCCGACCGCGGGCCGCGGACGCUGUCCCCCCUCCCGCCAGGCCCCACCGCCGCCGCCCAGGCCCCGGGCCGCGCUCCGGCCGAAGCCGCGAGGCCGCGGGGCGCCGAGGGCGGCAAUGGCAGCAGCCCCGGGGCGGCGCCUGCGGCGGAUGACCUCGCGGGGAAGGCGGGGGAAGGAGGCCCCGUGGGCGGCGGCCUCGCGGUGAGCCCCAACCCGGGCGAGAAGCCCAUGACCCAGCGGGCGCUGACCGUGCUGAUGGUGGUGAGCGGCGCGGUGCUGGUGUACUUCGUCGUCCGGACUGUCAGGAUGAGAAGAAGAAACCGAAAGACGAGGAGGUACGGAGUUUUGGACACUAAUAUAGAAAACAUGGAACUGACACCUUUAGAACAGGAUGAUGAGGAUGAUGACAACACGUUGUUUGAUGCCAAUCAUCCUCGAAGAUAA